AUGGGUCUUCUUCUCCCAACCUCACCCUCACUGCGGUUUGCCUUCACAGAUCCUCACUCUCUUUCCUUUAACUUCACGGUCAAUCCUCAGCCCAGACCUGGACAGCCGUGCUGUGAGGUUCAAGGCCAGGUGGACGGAGAGGUUUUUCUCUCCUAUGAUUGUCGUCAUGCUAAGAUCAUAUUCACAAGUCCAUUGGGAGAAGAAGAAACCCUAAAGGCCUGGGAAACACAGAUCGAAAUACUCAGAGACAUCAGGGACCAACUGCGCGACUUGACAAUGGAGAAACACACAGUCACAGACCCUCUCACCCUGCAGGCCAGGAUGCCAUGUCGCUAUGAGGAUGACAGACAUGUCAGUAGAUCCUGCUUGAAUGGACAAAUGAGACUCCACUUUGAUUCGGAGAAUGGACACUGGAGAGUGGAUCACCCUGGAGGCAGAUGGAUGAAAGAGAAGUGGGAGAAUGACAGAGCUGUGACUGACUUCUUGAAGAAGGUCUCCAUGGGAGACUGUUGGGCUUGGCUUCAGGAUUUCAUGGCGUGCUGGGAGAAAAUGUUGAAGACCAUGGCAUCACCAACCACGGGCCCCUCUACCUUGCAGCCCACGGCCACAGCCAUCAAGUCCAAAGCCUGGAUCCUCCUGCUCCUCACCAGUUUCAUCAUAACUGUCUUCCUGGGCUGA